AUGGCAGGCUGUGGCAGGGUCCAUGUCGAGCCUUCGAGGCGCAAUCCCACUACAUAUUUACAUAAAAAAACGUUGUAGCCAAGUUACUUGAUAGGGCCUCUUGCGCGUGAAAGAGAUCAACGGAGAGUGAAGACUCAGCCUGACUCCGACAGUUCCUUCAUGUGAAAGAUUGCGACAGCUUAAGCUAAUCCAACGUCUUCAAAACUCAGCGGCCUGUUCGUCGUCCCCCAGGAUCCCAGAAGGGCUAUUCAGUCGGAGUAUAAAUUCAUCCAGUUGGCCAUCCCCGGACCCCUCAUCUUGACGACCCCAAAAGGAUCUAAUCAGCUUGAAGGCGGAGUUUCCUUGAAGACUUCGAUUUGAACUCAAUCCACAACUUGACUCUUGCGUUCGUCUCGUCUCUUCCGACUCACAAUCUUCCACACAAGGAUCCAUCGGUCAUGGCUUUUGAUCAAUCGCUGCACUACUACGGUCAAAUCCAACAGCCGAUUGGAUUUGACUUCCAAGCAUCACCACUGCCAUCUGCGAAUUACCAUCCACCAUCUCUUACCGGGGUUCUCAAGAAUGUAUCUACUACCACUCGAGGCGCGACCACUCCGGGCAGAUGUUCGCUAUCCUAUCAUGCCGACGAUCCCUUCUCGGUCUGGAAUCCGUUCGAUCAGUCCCGCUUCGAUCUCACGGUUUGCUUCAAGUAUUCGCUCUACCUCAUCCCGUUCUUAGUCAUCCUCGUCAAUGGCUCGCUCGAUCUCUACAAGCUCUCCUCCCGGCCGGUCAUCCCACCCAAGUCGACCAGCCGAAACCUAAUCAGGCUCUCCGAAUUGACUUACAUCAGCAAAUUACUGCUGAUCCUCAUUGUCUCGGUCAUCCAAUUGGCUUACUCGACACUCCUCUUCCUCCGAUCUGGCUGGUGGGAUCCCGUCGAGUGUCUCUCCCAGCUCGUGGUCUUAGUCAGCCUGUUGUAUGCGAUCCCAUUACAUCAUCUUUCACACCGGCGAUCCAAGCGGUCAUCAACCAGUCUGCUGUUCUUCUACCUCUUCUUCCUCAUCACCUCGGCCAUCGAACUUCGCUCUCACCUCGACCACUCCUUACUUCACCAGCACCCUCAUCAAACCAGCUUCCUCAUCCUCAGAUCCUCACUGGUCACCGCCCUCUUCAUCCUCGAGUGUCUCGGACCAUUCAAGUAUGGUGACCACGCCUUCUCUUUCGGUAAGGAUGGCUACGAGGCUUUACCCCAGGACGACCCAGCGCGAGCAGGUUCCGAUCAGGCCUACCACCGCUCGGAAUCGCCGUUGAUUUAUGCGAACGUGUUCUCUCGGCUGACGUUUGGAUGGAUGACGCCGAUGAUGAAGCUGGGGAAGAGCCAGUAUUUGACUGAGGACGACUUGUGGAUGUUGCCACGGGAGGACCAGACUGAUGCCCUGACAAACCGACUCCACCAAACCUGGAGACGCCAGAUAUCACGAGCUUCCUCAAGUCCAUCGUUGAUCCGAGCCGUCGCACAAGCUUACGGUGGACCCUAUCUCCUCGCAGCCCUCUUCAAGCUCAUUCAGGAUGUCCUCCAAUUUACUCAACCGCAACUCUUGAGGCGCCUGCUUAGCUUUGCCGAUUCAUUUUCGCCAGGCAACCAACCCGAGCCGGUCUAUCGUGGCUACAUGAUCGCUGGGCUCAUGUUUAGCUGUGGGCUUAUCCAGACUUUAUUCUUGCACCAAUACUUCGAUCGAGUCUUCGUCACUGGGAUCAGGGUCCGUUCUGGUUUGAUCGGGGUAAUCUAUCAGAAAUCCUUAGUCCUUUCGAAUGAGGAAAAGUCCGGCAGAGCCACGGGGGAUAUCGUUAAUCUGAUGUCAACAGACGUCAGCAGGAUCCAAGAUAGCUGUUCCAACGGAUUAAUUCUCGUCUCGGGCCUAUUCCAGAUCACUUUGGCUUUCAUCAGCCUGUACGAUAUGCUGGGAUGGCCUAUGUUGGGUGGAAUUGCGGUGGUACUCUUGAGUAUUCCACUAAACAUCGGUUUGGCCAGGCUUCAGUCAAGGCUACAGAAACUGCAGAUGAAGAACAAAGACUCACGAACCAGGUUGAUGAACGAGAUACUGAAUAACAUCCGCUCGAUCAAGCUUUAUACUUGGGAGAACGCAUUUACGAGCAAGUUGUUUGCCAUUAGGAAUGAAAGGGAGCUAGGUACACUGAGAAAAAUCGGGUAUCUGUCUAGUGCUAGCAUCUCAUUAUGGAAUUUCAUUCCAUUUUUGGUGGCCUUCUCAGCAUUUUCGAUCUUUUCACUCGUUAGUGACACGCCGUUGACGCCUGCCCUAGUCUUUCCAGCAAUCUCUCUUUUUCAAUUGUUGCAGUUCCCUUUGGCCGUUUUACCGAUGGUCAUCAACCAAUGGGUAGAAGCCUAUGUUUCAGCGAAUCGAAUUUGCAAGUUUUUGACAAGUAAGGAACUCCAACAAGAUGCCGUGGUGCGAUCUGAAGGCGCCCUCGAUGAGCACGCGCUACGCGUCGAGGUCAAGGACGCCCACUUUACCUGGUCUUCUGGGGCCGAUUCCACACUUUCGGGGAUCACUCUCAGCGUGCGUAAGGGAGACCUCUUGGCUAUAGUUGGUCGCGUCGGCUCUGGGAAGUCCUCUUUGCUCGCUGGAAUUCUAGGGGAAAUGUACAAGCUAUCAGGGACAGUUGAGCUGCGAGGUAAAGUGGCUUAUGCCGCCCAAACUCCUUGGUUACUUUCUGCUACCUUGAAGGAGAACAUUCUGUUUGGAGCCGAAUACAAUAAGGAGCUUUACGAGAGCGUGAUCGAAGCGUGUGCACUGGUAGACGAUUUGGCUAUGCUGAAGGACGGUGACGAAACUCAAGUUGGCGAAAAAGGAAUCGCUCUCUCUGGAGGUCAAAAAGCCAGAAUCAGUCUAGCCAGAACAGUCUAUGCGCGAGCCGAUGUCUAUCUGCUGGACGAUCCGCUCAGCAGCGUCGAUGCCCAUGUGGCGCGCCAUUUGUUCGACAAAGUGAUCGGCCCUACUGGCCUUCUCCGCAGCAAAGCAAGAAUCCUAUGCACAAACGCGAUCCCCUUCUGCCAACAAGCUGAUGAACUAAUCAUGGUCCGUGACGGGAAAAUUGUGGAACGCGGAACGUUCCAAAGUGUGCUCGCAAACCAAGGUGACUUGAAGAAACUGAUCGACGACUUUGGCAAGAACACGUCUCAGGAUGACAUAUCUGAAGAUCUCAAGCCCUCUGACGCAACCAUUGUCGCUUCAGAGAACAGCAGCAAAUCACGCCAGGAGUCUGUUGUGCUGAUGAGACGACCAUCCAUCACAGCGUCUAAAAAUAACCAGAGGCAAGUCCUGAAGACUCGCAAAGCUCCUGGCAAAGUUUCGGAACAUAAGGAGAAAGGCUCGGUCAAAUACGAUGUUUACAAAACCUACUUACGAGCAAACGGUGUGUUUGGUGUGGGGAUUGCAUUGGGCUCAGUGGUAGUACAGCAAAUCCUUUCUUUGACGACUACUUUAUGGCUCAAAAACUGGAGCUCAAGUAAUCAGACUCUCACGGAUGAUGGUGGACCUCACCUGGGAUAUUACUUAGGAAUUUACGGAUUGCUGGGUUUCCUCACCAGCGUAACGGCUUUUGUCAAUGGAGUUACUCUAUUUUCAAUUUGUGCGGUUCGAAGUGCUAAGGUUUUGCACGACCAAAUGUUUGCUAAGGUCUUGAGGGCACCAAUGUCUUUCUUUGAUACCACACCUGUUGGCACGAUCUUGAAUCGAUUUUCCAGGGAUGUGUUUGUUAUUGACGAAGUGCUUGCUAGAGUCUUCAGUGGAUUUCUCCGCACUACCGCAGGUGUUGUUAGUGUUGUCGCAGUAGUGUCGUGGGCCGUGCCACCAUUUCUUCUGGUUUGCAUACCUCUACUGUUGAUUUACAAGGGUAUCCAGUCAUAUUAUCUUGCCACCUCACGAGAAAUUAAACGGAUUGAUGCGAUUACCAAGUCCCCGAUUUUCGCCAUGUUUGGUGAGACAUUGACAGGCGUUGCCACGAUCAGAGCCUUUGGGGAACAAGGUCGAUUUGUUACAGAAAAUGAGACCAAAGUGGACCGCAACCAGGAAGCUUGUUUUGCUUCAAUUGGUGCAAACCGUUGGCUGGCUGUUCGGCUAGAAUUGAUUGGGAAUGUGAUGAUCCUUACCGCCGCGUCCUUGGCAGUUACAAGUCUAGUAGCCAGCAAACCUCUCGAUAGCGGAAUGGUCGGGGUCUUGAUGUCGUAUGCACUUUCAAUUACGCAAUCGCUUAAUUGGCUUGUAAGAAGCGCGACCGAGGUUGAAACAAAUAUUGUGUCUUGCGAGCGAGUUGUCGAAUAUACCAAGUUGAAGCAAGAAGGACCUUGGGAGACAGAUGAGCACCAUCGACCAAACCCUAGUUGGCCGGAAAAAGGAGAGAUCGUAUACGAGGGUGUAGAAUGUCGGUACCGAGAUGGGUUGGAUUUGGUAUUGAAAGGUGUCGACUUCAAGGUCCAAGCUCAAGAGAAGAUUGGAAUCUGCGGUCGAACGGGGGCUGGAAAAUCAACAAUUACUCUGUCUUUAUUCAGAUUGAUUGAAAAAGCCGCAGGAAGAAUUCUAAUCGACGGCGUGGAUAUCAGUCAAAUUGGUUUGAACGAUCUGAGAUCGAAGAUAUCAAUCAUUCCUCAAGAUUCGCAGUGCUUUGAGGGUAGCUUGAGAGCCAACCUGGAUCCUGAAGGCUCGAAAACAGAUGAAGAACUGUGGAAGGUGCUUGAGCAUUCAAAGCUGAAAGCUCACAUUCAAUCCUUGGAGGGCGGACUGGAUGCAAGGAUCGAGGAAGGCGGAAAUAAUUUGAGUAAUGGUCAACGACAGUUGUUAUGUUUAGCAAGGGCAAUGCUAUUGAAAUCGUCCAAGAUCUUAGUGAUGGAUGAAGCUACCAGUUCGGUGGAUCCUGAAACAGAUUCGGAUAUCCAGACGGUGAUCAGAAAUGAAUUUAAAUCGUUUACAAUCUUAGUGAUUGCCCAUAGAUUGAAUACAAUUUUGGAUUGUGAUAAGAUCUUAGUGAUCAAUAAAGGGAAAGUAGUCGAAUUUGAUUCGCCUGAGAACUUGAUGAAAAACAAAGAAUCCGAAUUUUGCAAGAUGUGUCAGGAAGCUGGAUUGAUCGAUUAACGAACAUAUGCACACACCCUCAUCACCCAUCCAGCCAAUAAAAUCAAUCCUAUUCAUCUAUCAACUGCAGACAGUCCAUUUUUAAUUCUUCCCCUUGUUAGAAUCAGAAUUUUCAUCACUAUGAUUAAUCACACUCAUAUAUGUAAAAGUUAAACAACUAAAAAUCAAGAAUCAUAGCAAUUUUAGUAAGCCCACAGAUUUGCUUUUCCACCUGCUCCCAUCCUUCACAUCUUUUUCACCCUUCUCCAAUCUUCUCUUUCUCUUCAUGUUUGUUGUUUGAUGAAUGUUUUGGAAUGAUUAUCUACAUACACCACGGGGCGGGUUUUUAGAAAACCUGUACAUCCAAUG